AUGAGAAUACGACUGCAGGUGCUCAGGCAUCAGCUGCCGCCGACAAAGGUGCUGUGGAAGGUCGAUGCUGCCACCACCACGGCCGAACUCCUCACUCAGAUCAGCGACUUUUUCCCUCUGGAAUCCGAAGGCUGGGGUCUGGAGGAUUACGCUGUCCACCUUGGUGGCUAUGAGUUGCUGCACUUUCAGCAGCUGGGCGACGUCCUGAAAGAAGAUGAUGAGAUUUCAAUCCAACCCUUACAGACCAACGACAUUCGCGCCAGAAAUCUCUCAGGCAGACACCAAAUCUCAAGAGACGGCAGACACCUCGUCGAUGGCAUCGCUUUCGGUCGACCUCUACUACGCGCCCCAGCCCACGCUCCUAUCCACAUCCCUCCGCGCAAACGUGCCAGACUAGACCCCUCGCUGGAAGAGUCGGACGCUGCUCUGCAACUGGGCGACUACGGUCCGUCUCCCUCCGACCCGGGACCUCGUCUGCGGACCAAGACCCAGAAACAUGUCACCUUCAGCCCUGAAUUCCUACAAGCCGAUUACGACGACAAUGGCGACAUGAUCUUUGACGACUACGAUGAUGGAGAAGACGAUGAGGACGACCAUGACUUUGAACUUCCCUCGGAUGACGAUCUGGACGAUCAACAAGACAGCAACAUGAAGCUUCUCCAAGAUGUUGACCGAAACUCGGCCACCGACCAAGAGUCGUCGAGCGAUAAUGACAGCGACUAUAGUUCUGACUCUGACGACGACUCUAGUGGCAGCGAUAGUGACGCUCCCUCAGAAGAGCCCAUCAACAAGGGCAGCAGCUCCAUCGAAGCACUUGUCAAAUCCAACCCUGUCACCGCCCAACCCACCAAGCAGACUCCCGCGAAACAAGUAGCCCCUAGCGAUGGCAAACAGCGAACUCGUGCUAGGAACCGACGCCGCCGUGAUGCAAAGAAGCUCGCCUGGCUCAAGUCUAAAGGCCAUCUUCCCGCGACCGCUAAUCGUCAGGACCUGAAGAAGUGGAAAGAGGACAAUGAAGCGGGCCGUGUUUCUGCUUCAGAUUUUGAUUCGGACGAUGAGCCUUCAAGCUCGGAUUCUAGUUCCAGCUCCGACUCAGACUCUGAGUCUGAAUCUGAGACCGAGCAAACCGAGAAGGCUGCCCCGCCCGUAAUCAAGAAGCCAGCGAUUCCCAUGGUCCCACGACAACUAAAGGUCAAACCAAAGGCAAAGAAGCCUCUCACAGACAACAAAUCAGAAGAGUUCACCCAGAAGAGGGAGGCCCUUCUAGCUGCUUUGCAAUCUGGCGGUGUCGAACUCAAUAACGAUCUAUCAACUCCUCCAGUGGACGCCAUUAUGAGUGACGCCGGACCCAGCACGAUGCCUGCCAGCGAGAACAACACCACUCCUCAGCGUAGAGCCAGGCUCGAUCUCGCAAGCUCCAACCGCCUUCUCUUCAACUCUCUCGGCGUCCGCGCACCCAAGAACGACGCUGAUAGACAACGCUUACAAGCCAAACUCGCCGCGCAAACAACACGCAAGCCAGUCACAAAACCCACCACCCCUGCCGCACCCACCAAAGAGCCCACUCGCGCAGAAGAGGAAGAAGGCUCCACAGACGUCGAUGCCUGGAAAUCCAGAAUCUCCCUCUCUGCAGUUGAAUGCGCACCAGGACAAGAAGAAUACUACUAUUCCACUCCACCGUUCCCAUUCUACCAGCGCUGGGAUCCUAGCCAACGCACCAAGAAGCGCAAACGUGGUUCUCAAGCCGUCGAUCCCUCUCUGCUUCAAUCCACCGAGGAAAUUCUCGACAACAGCUACAGCGAGUACUACAACACAGGCACCAACGGCGACGCUCUCAACUACGGUGAUGACGAGGAUGAAGUUGGCGGUGGUGCAGCUGCAGCACCGGAAACGGAUCAAGAAGCAGCUACAGCCCAACUCCUCGCCGAAUCCUCAGAGGCAGCCGAUUUGCCUGCUUUACCCUCUGAUCUCUCCACCCUUGCGCCAUUGACACCAGAAACCACACUCCCUGGCGCCAUCAUCACAUUCACCCAAUUCGAAGUCUCGGCUGCUACGAAUUGGACACCAGCUAUGUCACCCAUACGCACUGCAUCCAUCAUUCACGUUUCCACAGAUGUUUCCUCAGGUACCAAGAGCUUGGGCUUGCAAUUGGCGAAACGCGAUAUACCCGGUCGAAAAUACGAUAGUCAGGGACGCAGGCUUUUCGACAAGUUUGAGAUGAUUGUCGGUGAUGAAGAGGAUGAAGAUAUCGAUGAUGGGUUUGUGGAAGUCGAGGUGGCGGAGUUGAUUGAUCCCAGACUUCUCAAAGCCGCUGAGGAUGAGCAGAAGAGUGUUGAAGAUGGCAAGGUGAUGAUGGAGGAGGAGGAGCAGGUUCCUGAGGUCAUCGGUGUUGCUUUGUAG